UCUUCAUCCCCCCUCCCAGUUGCCUCCCUCUUCUCUAGCUACCACUUGCAUAUAUAUUAUAUAGUGUUCCCACAUUGCAUCAAUCUAGCUUGUUAGCUAGUUAAGUGUGUUUUUUAGAUUUGAAAAUUAAGUAACCGAAUUGAGAUGGGGGAUCUGAGGGGUGAGUUGCAGGUGGAAGUAGAGCUCAAGUCUCCGGCAAACAAGUUUUAUGACGUGUUCAAGGGUAAGGUGCAUCAACUGCCCAAUUGCACCCAGAGGAUUCAGGAUGUCAAGCUCCAUGAAGGCGAGUGGCACUCUCAUGGCGCCAUCAAGCAUUGGACCUAUGUCCUCCCUGACGGGAAAGUGGAGAGUGGAAAAGAGAAGUUUUAUGUAGACGAUGAGAAUGAGACACUGAGGCUUGAGUUCUUUGAAGGAGACCCAUUGAAGGACCUCAAAGUGUACAAUGGAAUACUGAAGGUGAGUCCCAAGGGCGACAAUGGUGGAGUGGCGCACUGGACCUUGGAGUACGAGCGACGCAGCCCAUCUAUCCCUCCCCCUCACCACUACCUCGACUUCGUCGUCCAUCUCACCAAAGAACUUGAUGCUGCUCUCGCCAGCGCUUAAUUCUCUUCUCCAUCACCAUAUGUUAACCCACCGACCUCCUUGAUCAAAUCCAUCCGCAUCCAUUCCAUAUAUAAUAAACUCCCUCUCUCUUUAUAUAUAUAAGAGAGUUGUUAUUGACAUCUAUACACCCACAAGUGAUAUUAUGUAUGUAUGUGUGUUUUCAAUACCCCUCUGCGGGGUGUGCAAGGUUUUCUUUUGUAUUUUAUGAUCUAAUAUGAUGGGCAAUCUGUCAUGCUUGCCUAGCUAGUUCAAAUAAAUGGUUUUGUUUGUUUAAUAACAACUCUAGUUCGAGCUAGCUUGAUAAUGUAUUAA